AUGAAAGUGGGUUUAAAUACAACCUUCGAUCAUGAGUCGUGUAUGGAACAUAAUGAAACACUUGUCCAAACCAAUCUUUCAACUGAUCAAAAGGACAGCAAUGGUAGUGAUGAUGCUGACAGUUCAGUUCUCAGUGAAGGUGUUCUUACUGAAAUUGUUGUUGACACUAAUGAUGUUUCACGUGACUUGCUACCGAAUCCUGUUUAUUUCUUGCCCAGUCGUUCACAUUCCCUAUCAAAUAGUUUGGAUUCAGACUGUAAGAAAAAUGAUGGUACCCACUCACUAUCUGAUAGUUCUCAGUCUCGUAUGCAUGAUAACAAACACGUCAGCGAUAAUGAAAUAAAUCAAGGAUUAAUUAUUGAAGAGAGUGAUUUGGUCACGACAAUCUCAAUGAAAAAGAGCAUAGAUGAAGCUACUGCCAGUAACAAUAAUAUUUCUUCGAAGGACAUAUCACAUUUGCAUGAUACACACAACAAUAUGGUUGAACACCCUCGACCGAACUCUAGCUGUAAAUCAUAUGUGAUGCUUCAUGUUGAUGAGUCACUUAUGAACAGUGACGAUGUGAACAUGAAAAACAGUAACCCCGAUUGCUCCAGCAAAUCACAAAUAGCCGGUCGUAGCCGUCUUAGAAAAAGUGAUAUCCAAGAUAAUGCAUUACCGAAGAAAUGCUUUGAUAUUAAAUUUUCGCAGGAAUGGGGUGAUGAUGUUAGACAGGAAGUUGUUUCACUUGGAGAUGAAGAGGUUAAAUCUAGCCAUGUGAAUACUACUACUAUUCGUAGUAACAGAAGUAAUCAAGAGGUGUGUUGUGACAUGGGACUCGGAGAGAAGCAGCCAGUACCUGAUGAUCGCCUUACUGCAAGUGUUUCACGUGAAGGGAAAGAGAACUCUAAGAUACGACAAUCAAAAAAUCUUCAGUCUACUUAA